AUGUUUACGUGCUGUUUUCAUGUUUCUCUGACCUCGCCGGAGGAAGAACAGAGAGACGCAGACACGCAAAAACACUCUUUCCUGUUUCUCUGCGCUCUCCUCGUCUCUCUCAUGUUUACGUGCUGUUUUCAUGUUACUCUGACCUCGCCGGUGAGGGAACAGAGAGACGGCGAAAAUUGUCAAGUCGCGGCGGAUGGACUAUAAAAGGGCUUAUUAUUUUUUUUCUGCAGGUCGACGAUUUGUGCAUGCUUUCCUCGAUUUGGCACCCGAUCCAGCCGUGGCUCAUCACGGCCGGCGCCGACGGCCGAAUCGCCCUCUUCACCGAUUAA